ACCACCCACGUUAAAACUCAAGAGAGGAAAAAGUGAGGCUGAAGAAUUGCCAACUUAGAGGCCAUUGAUUGGCGAAUCACGUGAAGAGAAGCUAGCUGUGCUUGGGUUCUGUGCAUGACCUUGCAGUUUCGGGGCUUUACAAACCCUUGAAAGAAGAGCCAUUAAUUUUAUCUGAAAUCCGUGGGAAAAUUUCUACUUUUGGGAUUGGAACCCAUCUUAAGGAAACAUUCUGAAGCUCAUAUGACAUGAAAAAGCAGUUCCCAGGGCCCCAUCUUCAGGCCUCUCAGCUACUAUAUAAACCCUCUCAAUCUCAUCCGCUAACAUCGCCAAUCUUCAGCUAUUGAUUUCUUCUCCUACUGCUUCAUUUCAUUUCUCCAUCUUCUUCUUCUUCUUCUUCUUCUUCUUCUUCAGAUACAAUAAAGAUGAGCAGAGAGGGAGACUGGAUGUGCAGUGCAUGCCAGCACUUGAACUUCAAGAAGCGGGACUCGUGCCAGCGGUGCCGGUGCCCGAAGUUUGCGGAUGCAGCGGACGUAGCAGCUUAUGGACUUAACCGGACGGAAGUUCUCGCCGGCGACUGGUACUGCUCCUCCAUGAGUUGUGGAGCCCAUAACUACGCCAGCCGAACCAGCUGCUUCCGAUGUGGCGCCACCAAAGAUGACUACUGUGCCGGAUAUGGGACUUCCGUCAUGGCCGGCGGAGGCUAUAUGUUCGACGGCAGCGGCGCCCUCCCUGGCUGGAAGUCUGGCGACUGGAUUUGCAACAGGAUGGGAUGUGGCAUGCACAACUAUGCAAGCAGGAUGGAAUGCUUCAAAUGCAAAGCACCAAAGGACUUUGGUGAUGCCAUGUAACAAGAAGGGUUCUCCUGAUGACUUCAGUUCACUUCAUGAAUCUUCAACUAACAACUUUUUAUUUCUUUUCUUCUUUUUUUUCUUAUUUGCCCAAACAUGGGGCUUGAACUGUGUGUGUGUGGCUCCAAGUGUUCUCACAUGAAGGCAAUGAAAUCUGUUGACUUCCAUUUUCCCGGAAAAUGAAGAAGAAAAGAAAAUCUCCCCCCCCUCCUCUCUCUCUCUCUCUC